AGAAAAAGAGAACGUGAGAAUCCCUCCUGCUCCUAGCAUUUUCCUUGAUCUAUCUAUCAUCCAUCCAAUUUCUUUAUUACUCUCUCAACUUUUACUGCCUAUAAAUCUUACCCCCACUCUUUCUUCUCUCUAUUUGUGCUGAUGUAUUUAACUUGACCAAUACAGAACCCUAAUCAUCCGCUUCUAUCAUUUUCUUCUUUGCUUAAUCAAAAUUCAUCUCCGAUUUGAUCGAAUAUACAAUAGUAGCAGCAGCAGCAGCAGCAAAAAAUGGAUGAAGAAUAUGAUGUGAUUGUGCUCGGCACAGGUCUUAAGGAAUGCAUCCUUAGCGGUCUUCUAUCCGUUGAUGGUCUUAAGGUUCUGCACAUGGACAGAAAUGACUAUUAUGGAGGAGAAUCAACUUCCCUCAAUCUUGUCCAGCUUUGGAAGAGGUUUAGAGGAAGCGACAAACCUCCAGCUGAAUUGGGUUCUAGCAGGGAUUUUAAUGUUGACAUGAUCCCUAAGUUUAUUAUGGCAAAUGGUGCUCUUGUGCGGGUGCUAAUUCAUACCGAUGUUACCAAAUAUUUAUACUUUAAAGCAGUUGAUGGCAGCUUUGUGUAUAACAAAGGAAAGGUCCACAAGGUGCCAGCUACUGAUAUGGAGGCACUUAAAUCUCCUCUGAUGGGCAUUUUUGAGAAGCGGCGUGCUCGGAAAUUCUUUAUUUAUGUUCAAGAUUAUAAUGAAAGCGAUCCUAAAACACAUGAAGGGAUGGAUCUAACUAGAGUUACCACCAGAGAGCUUAUUGCAAAAUACGGUCUUGAUGACAACACUGUGGACUUCAUUGGUCAUGCAUUGGCACUGCACAGAGAUGACCGCUACUUAGAUGAACCAGCACAGGAUACUGUGAAAAGAAUGAAGCUAUAUGCUGAGUCUCUUGCUCGUUUCCAAGGAGGAUCACCAUAUAUUUAUCCUUUGUAUGGAUUAGGAGAGCUCCCCCAGGCAUUUGCUCGACUGAGUGCUGUGUAUGGUGGGACCUACAUGUUGAAUAAACCUGAAUGCAAGGUAGAGUUUGAUGAAGAAGGAAAGGUCUGUGGUGUUACUUCAGAAGGGGAAACUGCAAAAUGCAAGAAAGUUGUAUGCGAUCCUUCCUACUUGCCCAACAAGGUGAGGAAGGUUGGCAAAGUUGCAAGAGCUAUCGCGAUUAUGAGCCACCCAAUUCCAAAUACCAACGACUCUCACUCUGUGCAGAUUAUCCUACCUCAGAAGCAGUUGGGUCGCAAAUCAGACAUGUACCUGUUCUGCUGUUCUUACACUCAUAAUGUUGCUCCAAAGGGGAAAUUCAUCGCAUUUGUCUCAACAGAGGCAGAAACUGAUAACCCAGAGAGUGAACUGAAGCAGGGCGUCAAUCUUCUAGGGCCAGUGGAUGAGAUCUUCUAUGAAACUUAUGACAGAUCUGAACCUGUCAAUGAGCCCUCCUUGGACAAUUGUUUUAUUUCAACUAGCUAUGAUGCCACAACUCACUUUGAGUCGACUGUAGAUGAUGUGCUCAAUUUGUACACCAAAAUAACUGGAAAGGUUCUCGACCUCAAUGUGGAUCUAAGUGCUGCUAGUGCUGCCGAAGAAUGAGAAAUUCCUUACUGCUGUACUUGCACACUAUGUGAUGCUGAAUCCUUUAUGUGUCAACGAGAUUCUCAUGCUUUUGCUGUAGAAGUGGAUUAAUUUAUAAUGGGUUCUCUGUUAUAACUGUUGUUAAAAUGUUCUUUUCUUCUAUUGAACAAACUUAUGUAAUGUUGAAAUUAAUCACGGUUCUUCAACUUGGGGGUGCACGUAGAGUUCAGGUGCUUAAAGUUGUUUUUGACUUCUGGCUCCUUGAAGUUAUGGAAUUUCUCUGAGUUGCUAUAGUUUUCUGAUUCAA